AUGGCUCAAGAAGAUGAGGCUUUUUCUAUUAGAACAACCAGUAAUUUCUUUGUUGCCGGUUUAACUUAUACCUUCUUUUGGUGGGCUCUCUUUGCUCUUUACUGUAUUGGCUAUCAAUUGAAUCGAAUUCGUAUUUAUCGAAUUAGAAAGAGCAGAAUUGCUGGUAAAGAAGAUAAUGUAGUAACAGAAUUGCCCUUGGUGAAAUAUUGGAACCGUCUUGAUUAUGUCGUUCGUAUCCCCUACAGCACUGAGAUGUUCCCUGUCAAGCAUAUCAUCGGCAUCACCUUGUUUUGUAUCUUGAAUGUGCUCUUUUGCUUGUUUGCUCCCUUUGCAAUGACAGGUCCCUACAUUCUUCCUGCUAUCGGCCAAAUGGAUCGUCGUGCUGCCUUUGUUGGUAUGGCUAAUUGGGGCUUCGUUUUUUUCCUCGCUCAAAGAAACUCCCUCUUACCUAAAAUGUCUGGUUUGACCUUUGAGGAAUUGAUUCCAUUCCAUCGUAUUGUUGCUCGCAUUGGUCUUGCUGAAUUCAUGCCUCAUUUUGUGUGGCGUAUCAUCAAGGGUUAUCAAAAGAAUUUUGUCGUUAAAGACGCUCUUUUCAGAGACACCGAACAAACUACCGGCACUAUUGCCAUGUUGGGUUUCUUGAUCAUGUUUGCUUCUUCACUCGAGUACAUUCGUCGCAACUACUUUGAAGUGUUCUAUUAUUGCCAUGUAGUGUGUCUCAUCGUCGCCAUUAUCUUUUCCUGCUGGCACGAAACGACCUGUUUCGCCUUCUUUAUCCCUGCCGUCAUUCUCUGGUUCGCUGAUCGUACGAUCCGAACAUACCAGUCUUGGUGUGUCAGGCCCACCAUGGUACGCGUAGAUCAAGUAGCUGCUCAAACUGCUACUCAAGAUGGUAUCGUACGCGUCUUGUAUGAACAAAAAACUCUCAAAAACGCCAAGCCUGGUCAAUACAUCUUUGCUGCUUUUGUUAUCAAUGGCAAGAAGCUCUGGGAAUACGCCAACUGGCAUCCUUUCACUAUCUCUGAAAUUUUCCGCGUUAAUGAUUCAAGUGAUAGUGGUAUUGAAGAACGCGUGCUUGCCAGCAGCAACACUAAUGAAAAGACAGAAGCAGCUGACCUCGAUGAAAAGAAGAAGCAUGCCUCCUCCCCCACUGAAAGUCUGACUGAUGUUAGCUCUAUGUCUGAUUGCUCUAGUCUACGUCGUCGCGGUAAUGGUGUUAUGAACAAACAAACCAAAUUAAUGGCUUCUUUCCACAUCAAAGCUUUGGGUACCAAGACAAGUGAUCUCUUGAAAGCAGCUGCAGCUAAUGACAAACUCAAAGUCUACAUUGACGGACCCUUUGGCCCACAGUUGCAAGUACAAGAUUUCCCAGUGGCCGCAUUCUUCGCCACUGGUGUAGGUGUCACCCCUGCCAUGUGUGUAAUCAAGGAUAUUAUUGACAAAAAGUCUGUGGGUUUGCGUACGAUGACUACAGAUCAUAUUUACUUGAUUUGGGCUGUUAGAAUCACUGAUGAGGUCCCUGUAUAUAUGGAUAUGUUCAGCUACUGGUCCGAAAGAUGCAAGAAUGCUGUUUCGCCUAUCCGUUUGUCUGUCACUAUAUACAUUACAAGAGAAAAGGAAGGUAUCAGCCCACUAGACCAGUUUGAAGGCUUCAAGGUAAUUUAUGGAGCUAGACCACCCAUUGCUGAGGAGAUGGACCGAAUCAAGACAGUCAAUGGCAACCGUAGAGUAUUCACCCAUGCUUGUGGCUCUACACCAUUUACUCGUGAAGUCGUGAAUCAAUCGGUUAUUCGAGGAUUUGAACCUCAUAAUGAACUCUUUGAAUUCUAA